CUGACAUACAAUAAUAAACUUUUCGGGUGAAUUUUUUAGAAAUUAAUUAUCAAUAAAAUUCUUACAAAAUGAGCGUUACAGGAAAGGUAGUCGAAUACGAUAAUGUUAACGGAGUUGCCCUUUGUUUAAAGGUUGAUAUUCGGGAGGGUUCUCCUCGAUCUAGACUUUUUACAAUUUCUUAUAAAAGUGAAGAAAAUAAGUCACCGUGGCCAAAAAUGUCUUUAUUUUUCGCAAUAUUAUUUAAUAUUAUGGCCUUAUGUUUCGUGAGAAUUAGUUUUACUGUAACUGUUAUAAUAAUUGUUGUCUUAUCUUUUGUUGUUUUCUUCUGGAUAACACAUAGUGUUCAAUCCGAAAGUGUAUUGGUUAUUCCAACAGUUGGAAUACAGAGUUCUGUAAAAUAUGUCUAUGGAAGAGAAGAUAACUUCAUCUCAUGGUCAAAUGUAGAUGAUGUUAUUAUAAAUGAAGUGAUCAAACUGAAUCGAGUAUUGUUUUAUCUUACCGUGUUAGUAAAAAAUCCUCAUCAAGAAUCUGAACCAAUUAAGCUAGUACCACUAUUCAAGUAUACAAAGCCACGGUUGAUGAUGCUGGAAACUAUAUAUUCUGAAUUGCAGUCUUUACUGACAGAACAACAUAUAAAUGGGCCCUAUAAUGAAGCAGGUGAUAUGGGAUAGUAAUAAAGAAGACAGACUACAAUUGGCAAUAUUAUAUUUGGUUUGAAUUUUGUGUGUACGUUUCUACAAUAAAGUCAGAAGCGGUAUACCUACAAAAAUCAGUUUAAAUUUACUACGCAUAUAUAAAAAUAUACUUGUUUAGAAUGCUUGAUAUAAGGGGUCUUAUUAUAUUGUU